UGCGGCGACUUUAAUAUGCGGCAUAUUAUUAUCAUCACCAAUCAAACAAUCAAAUCAAAGGCAAUUGAUUUGUUGAGAUGAUUUCAAAACAGCUUGGUGUUUUAUUAUCAACAACAACAAUUGCUAUAAUUAUAAUUGCCAAAUAAAUGUUGUUGUUGUUGCUGUUUUAUUAUCCUGCUGAUAUAAAUAUUUAGCGAAUUUCAAAUCUUUCAUCAUUCAAUUUUUCCGUUCAUGCAAAGUUGUACAUAUUGUUAUGAAUAAUACAAUUUGUGAAAGAAAAAACGCCUACAGUACAGUCAUUCACUUACGUAACGAUGGAUUUGAAACCGAGAUCAAGACUAGAUUUUGAAAUAUUUACAAAUGAGGUGAAAGGAAAAGUUAAACGUCAUUCGGAUACCCUCGAAUUUACUUCUACGACAAAAAGAAAACGAUUUCAGUGCUUCACAUCAACACCGAAAUCAGAAGCGACAAAUGUUUGUCCUAUGUCCAGCAUCAAACCAUCUGAGCAGUCUACGGAAUCUGAUAGUGUCGGGUCACGUGUCAAUAUUCUAAAUACACUUCCGGGACAACCCUGCGAUCCUAGCGCCAUCUCACCGGAAACGAUGUCUGAGGUUUUGUACGACAAUGUGAGGGUUAAAGAUUGUGGAAAUCAGUGUGGAUUGAAAGUCGGACAAAUUAAAGAAAAACGUUUUUCUCAAACAUUCAAGCCGAUACUGCAAAAGGAUAACAGCGAUGCCUUACGUAACUUCCGGAUAACGUCAAAAUGGUGGGCAGCAAAAGACAAAUUCCGUAAAUCAGAGACUUCCGGUUCAGGACUUCGACUUAGAAUUUAAAGUGUAUAAAGCAAUAAACAUUUUUAUUUUUAAUGGUCUUGUGAAAAUGUUUAAAAAAAGUUUCACGACCUUCAAAUAUAAGCAAGUAAUUCUGAACAAUGUUUUAUAUGUUGUGCGAAAAAUUCCAUAUGACAUCAUUGACAUGGUACCUUAUGUUGGAAUUGAAAUAUAUACUCUUUGUUUAAGAUCUGAAUAAAAAUUAAAUUAUAUAAGUAGAUUUGUUCUUUAUGUUAAAAAGUUUUGAUAGAAUUUGCUCUGAUAUUAUUGAUAAAAGGUUAUAUAAUCUGAAAAUGUUUGCACCGUUAUGAUAAUGACGAUGAUUGUGAUGAUGAUGA